AUGCCAAAAGUAGAAGAAGGCGGUUUGACUGAAGGCAAGGAUAAGGAUCGUGGAGAAGACGCAGGGGGCUGCGAGCAUUUGUCAGUCACCUCAGCCUCCCAGCUCGAACGCAUUAUUCCGCAUGUUGACCUCAGACCUAUCCAUUCUGGGGGUAUUACUGGUCGAUUCUGA